AGUAGGAAGUAAGUGAAGUGCUCGUGAGUUACUGAAAAGUAAAAAAUGAUGAGGAUAGCGAAGAUAUAAGUGGAACCAAGCAGGCGAAAGAACAAACAAAGGAUACAGAGCUUACGCCAGAGUGAUGGAGACACAGAGUGAGAAUCCAUUCAAUGCUGGAGCCAAACAACAUGCUGCUGCAAAGGCAGCAGACAGCACUCACCAAGGGAACUCCCCUCUCCCAGAGCUGCGUCUGGUUCUGCUAGGCCGCAAAGGGACAGGAAAGAGUUCUGCUGGAAACACUAUUCUUGGCCUGAGUGGGGGGUUUGAGACUGGCAAGCCAACAGAGGAGUGUGUGAAAAGGCGGGCUGACACUGCAGGCCAUCGUGUUACAGUAGUGGACACCCCGGGAUGGGAAUGGUAUUACUCAAGCAAUGGCACUCCAGGCUGGGUGCAAAGAGAGACAAUGAGAAGUGUGUCACUCUGUCCACCUGGACCCCACGCUUUGCUUCUUGUGGUACGGUCCUGUGCCUCGGUGACAGAGGACUACUAUCGUCAGAUUGAGGUGCACCUGGAGCUUUUAGGGAAGACAGUGUGGGGACACACCAUGGUGCUGUUCACACGUGGGGACGAAUUAAGCUCCAUUCCCAUUGAACAGAGAAUACAAAAUGGAGGGAAGUCCUUCCAGAAGCUUCUACAAAGGUGUGGAAAUCGGUUCCAUGUUCUAGAAAACAAACGCCGUGGUGAUGAUGGAACUCAGGUGAUGGAACUGAUGAGGAAAAUAGAGGAGAUGGUGAAAGAGAGAGGGGGAAAACAUUAUGACUCGGAUCCACUGCUGCUGGUCUUGGAGGUAGAAGGGAAACGAAGAGCAAGAGAGAGAAGAAAGAAACAAAGACUCAUGGAGGCCCAAACACAAAGAGGGGCCAUAAAAGCUGUGCUAACAGUUGAUGCUCCACAAACUGAAGAUCUGGAUGACAGGAGUUUGUUCUCUAGGGGAUCACGCCGUCUCCCGGAGCUGCGACUUAUCCUUCUGGGAGAAAGAGAGACGGGCAAAAGCUCUGCUGGGAAUGCCAUCCUCAGAGGGGUCACAUUUUUCCAAACAGGACAGGCCACAGAGGAAUGUUCAAGGCAGCAGGCAGAAGUUUCCGGAAGACUGGUCACAGUGGUGGAUGCUCCUGGAUGGGAGGGUGGACCUGAUGGAAUUACCCCAGAGAGAGUGAGGCGAGAGAUCGGUGUUAGUGUGACCUUGUGUCCUCCUGGUCCCCAUGCUCUCCUUUUGACCCUGAGGGUGGAUGCCCUGGUCAGAGCUGCAGCAGUCAGGGACCACUUGGAGUUACUUGGCGAAGGGGUAUGGAGACAUACCGUACUGCUUUUCACCAGAGGUGACCAGCUGAGAGAGGGAGUCACUAUUGAGCAACACAUUCAAGGAGGAGGCAAGGACCUGCACUGGCUGAUGGAGAAAUGCGGCAACAGAUACCACGUUAUUAGCAGUGUCUCCUGGGAAGGUCACAGCUCCACUGCCCAGGUAACUGGACUGUUGGAGAAGAUAGAGAAAAUGGUGGCAGGAAAUCGUUGUGAGGCUUUCUCACCACUGGUGCAGGAGAUUCAGGAUCUUGGAAAGCAGAAGAAUGAGAGGUUCAACCAGAAACUGAAAGAAGUUAACGACAAGCUUCAACGUCAAGACACGGAGCUGAAAAGGAUGAGAGAAAGGGAGGUGAAAAGUAUCAGGUGGUUUUUUGACAGAAGGAAAGACAAGGUGAAAUCCCCAGAGAAAACAAGCACAGAGAAGGAGGAAGCAGUGGAUAGAGGAGAAGAUGACAGGAAGAGCAUAAUGGGAGAACUAGAGGAGAGAAUGGCUUGGUUAACAGAAGAUAAAGAAAGAGAGAUUCAAGAGCUGAGCCUGGAAAACAGCAGAGUCAUAGCAGCUCUAAACCAGGUAUACAGAGAGAAAGAUGAGCUGGUUAUGAAAUUGGAGGAGAAAGAGAAUGAGGGUGAUGAAUUGAAAGAAAAAGUGGACGAGCUACAAGUGAAAGUGUUGGAGCUAGAACGUGUGAGCAUGUUAAAGGAGCAAGAAAGACAAGAGAAAGAAGAAGAGCUGACAAAAAGGCAUGAGAGUGUUGAAAAGGAGGUCAAUGUGUUGAAAGAAGAACUGGAUCAGAAGGAAAAGGAAGAAGAGGGGCUAAAGAGAAGAGUUGAAGAGACAGAGCAAAAAAUGGCACAGUCAAAACUGAGGUAUGAGGACGAGAUCAUACAAGCAAAGCACGAAACACACCAAAUACUAUCAGCAAAGAAUGAAUUUGAGAAAAGGCUUGUUGAAAACCAGAAGGAGAUGGAAGAGAUUAAACUGCAAGCUGAGAACAAAAUUAAGGAGCAAGAAGAAAGAUGGAGGGAACUGAGUGAAAAGAGGGAGAGGGAGAUGAAUAAACUAAGAGAAAUGCUAGAGCUGAUGACCAAAGAGAUGGAAGAGCUACAGGUUGCUUUCCAAGAACAAGUGAAAACAUCAGAAGCAGAGAGACAAAUGCAUGAAAACACGGUAAUAAAAUACAAUGAACUUGUAGACAAACUUCUUGGGAAAGAUGCAGAAAUUGUAGCCAUUCAGAAGAGGCAAAAGGAGCAGGAGAUGGCCCAAAGUAUUGAGACUCAAGCAAAACUGCAGGAAAAGGAUGCAGAAAUAAAUGACUUAACAAAAAGACACAAGGAGAAGGAGCAGGAGAUCGAUGUACUGAAGCAAGCUGUUGAUGCAAAACAGAAAACCAUGGAAAUUUUGAAAAAUGAUAGUCAAGCAAAAAUUGUGGAAUUCACCUCUAGAAUAAAACUUUUGGAGGAUGAGUACAAAGAGAUGGAAGAUUUCCUGAAAAGAGAAAAUGCGAUUAUAAAAGAAGAAAUGGAGAUCAUGAAGAAACUGUAUGAGGACAACAUGAGAAAGAAAGAAGAUGACACAAGGCAGAUCUUGGAGAUGAAGGAAAACAUGAUCAACCAACUGCAGAAACAGAACAAAAACAGGGAAGCCCAUCUAGAAGAUCUUAUAGAGCAGUUAAGAGAGAGCCAAAUCCAUGAAGGGAGUCUACAAAAUCAAAAUGAAGCCCUCAUGCAGGAGUCAGAAGGGCUUCUUUUAAAGUGUGAGGACUAUAAAAGAGACCUUCAGGCCCAGAGAGCUGAAAGCCAGAGAAAAGAGAAAGAGAUUAAAGACAUUCUCAACCAAUAUGAGGAAAUGGGGAAAAUCAAAGAUGCAUUGUCCCAAGAGCACAUUGAAGAGAAAGAAAAGGAGAUCUGUCUGCUGAAACAGACCAACCACACCCAGCAAAUGGACCUGGAAGACAUGAAGGAAAGAGCUAAAGAACUAAAAAACAAGAUAGAAGAGAUGAAAAAAUACUAUGAGGAAAGGCUGCUGGAAAGAAUAGCAGAAAUGGAUGUUAAGGAUGCUGAGAGGGAGCGAGCUCUGCACAGUAGAGAGCUGGAGCUGAGUGAAAGAGAGCACACUCUGAGACAAAAUAUGCAAGAGCUUGAACGAAGCAAAAAGGACUUGAAAAAACAAGAGGAUGACAUCAGCUGGAGAGAACAAGGGCUAAGAGAUGAAAAGCAGGUGCUGGAUAAGAGGGAACAUGAAGUAAGAGACAAGGAGAAGAAACUGGAACAUCAGUGCCAAAAUAACCAGCGCUACCAAGAAGACCUGGAGAGAAGAGAAAACGAGCUACAGAAAAGAGAAGAAGAGCUUUUAGACGCAGAGCAAAAGUUAGAGCAAGAGAUUAAGAAGAAACAUGAGGAGCACAAGGCUGUAGAGAUGAUACUGGAAAGCAAGCAGAAGGCACAGAAGGAUCUGUCUGAAAAGCAGGAAAAGGAAAUAGAAAAUAUCAGGCAGCAGCUGGAAGACAGAGGAAAAGAACUGAGGAAAAUGGAAGAGGAGCUUGUACUAAAACAGCUUAAUCUUAAGGAAGAAAAGAAAGCCUUGGAGAACCACAGAGAGAACGUAGAAACCAAAGAACAGGGAUUAAAGAAAAGACAGCAACAGUUAAUAGACUCAGAGAAUGUGUAUGAGAACAAACUGCAGGAACUGUAUAGAGGUAUGCAGGAACUGGAGAAAACCAAACAGGACCAUGAAAAAUGGCAGGCAGAACUAACAAACAAGGAAUAUGAUUUGACACAAAGACUAAACGAGUUGCAGAAAAAAGAGCAAGAACUGCGAGAGAGAGAGCACGAACUUGGACUCAUAACUCAAGAGCUAAUGGUAAAAAGUCAAGAGAUCGAGACUCGUGAACAAAACCAGGCAACUUUAUCUGACAAAUGGAAAAAAGAAUUAGAGGCAAUUGAGCUGGACUUAUCAAUGAAGGAGCAAGAACUGAUAAAUGCAAAGGAGGAGCUUGAGAGAAGACAGCAAGAACUUGCAGACAGAGAUAAAGACCUAGACAUAAAAGAACAUCAAAUUAACAAGAAAUAUGAUGAGUAUGAGGUGGCAGAAAAGAUGCUGGAAAGCAAGGAGAAAGCACAGAUUAUUUCUUUGGAAAAGCAGGAAAAGGACAUAGAAAUUGUCAGGCAGCAGCUGGAAGAGAGAGAAAAAGAGCUAAAGAACAUGGAGGAAGAGCUUCUAGUAAAGCAAAUUAAGCAUAAGGAGGACUUGGAGAACCAUACAGCGAAUCUAGAUAUCAAAGAAUCUGAAAUGAGCAAGAGAGAGCAACAGCUAAUGGAUUCAGAGCAGAUCUGUGAGGUCAAAGCACAAGAAUUGUCCAACGCUUUGCAGGAACUACAGAAUAACAAACAGGAAAAUGAAAAAUGGCAAGCUGAAUUAACUGCCAAGGAAUGUGAUCUGAUACAGAGACUAAACGAACUUGAGAAAAAAGAGCACCAGCUUUUACAGAGAGAAAAUGACAAUGCAGUCAAGGAGACCAAUCAGGAGAUUGAGAAACAUCAACAACAGCUCUUGAGCUUACAACACAUCCAGGCAACUGACAAACUGGAAAAGGAAUUAGAAGGUGUUAAGCAGGCCUUGGCAAUAAGGGAGCAAGAAGUGACAAACAAAGAGGAUGAGCUUCAAAAAAGGGAAGAUAAUCUUAAGAGUGCAGAAAUAUAUCUGGGGCAGAGAGAGGAAAUUGUGCAGAAAAGAGAAGAAGAAGUACAAAUUAACAAACAACAGCAAGAUGCCAUGUUAUGUGAUCUCAAGAAAAAACAAGAGAAAACAGAAGAAAUAGCGUCUUCUUUAGAAACAAAACAACAUGAGCUCGAAGAUCUUCAGAAAGAACUUAUCAACAGAGAACAAAACAUAGCAACAAAAGAACAAAACCUGAGCAACACAUACAAGGAACUAGACAUAAGGAAGAGCACCAUGGAAAACCAUGAGCUUGAUCUAAAGUCAACAGAGAACACUUUAAAGAACAGAGAGCAAGAGUUGAAUGAACUGAAGGAAAUUCUAGAAAUGAAGAAGGAAGAUUUAGCAAACUGCACAAAUGAACUAGAGAACCAGAAACAGGAGCUAAACCAUGAGAAACAAGUUGUGAAAGUAAAAACAGAGGAGCUGGAAAAGUGGGAAAAAUAUCUGUACAAUACAGAGCUUAAAAUGAUCAACAGUAAUUCCAACUUUAAGUUUCAACCAUGGAGCCAAACAACAGCACCUAAUGGAAAUCAGCAAGUCACACAAAAAAUGUAUCAAGAAGUUGGAGUGGAUGGCAGAACCUGUGAAAAAGAGCUCAGAGAAUAUGGUAAUGAGGAUGGGGAGGAUGAUCAGAGUGUGCAGAUGGCUUCACCAUCAAAAAUGACAAACUGCGAGCCUGAAAAUGCACAGCUGGCAUUCCAGCAUAGAAGCAAAGGAGAGCUAGAGGCCAAGACAGGAAAGGAAGGCAAUGGAAUGAGCUGGUGGGAAGAGGAGUCAGAUGCUAAAGAGGAAGAGGGUGAAGAAUUCUUUGAGCCAGCCAGUUCUGACCACUCAAUGACUCAAGGUUCACACUCUGUGCCUCAGGAGCUCAGAGUAGUUCUACUAGGGGAGACGCGGUCAUCUCGCCGCUCAGUCAGACAUAUCAUCCUGGGGCAAUAUACUGAGAUUGGCAGCCCCUGGACAGGAAGUGUAUCUGGCAAGCCCCUCGUUGUUGUGGAGCCCCAGGGGAUAAAAUGGCGAUCACCCAAAGCUAUGAAUGUGGCGUUUGAAAAGGAACUCAUGCAAAAUGUAUCCCUGUGCAGCCCUGGCCCUCACGCUUUCAUCCUCAUCCUGCCCGCUUACCUAAGUUUUACAGGACAGUACAGGAGAGCGGUGGAGCGUACCAUGGCCAUGCUGGGAGAGGCUUCAUGGAAGCAUGCUAUUGUUCUGUUCACAUGGGGAGAAGCUCUCGGAGAAAGUGGUCAACAGCACAUAAAGAGGAAUGGGGAUUUGGAAUGGCUCAUUAAGAAAUGUGGAGGCCGAUACCACAUACUAGAUAACAGACACAGGGAAGCUCAUGUGGUAGAGCUGUUGGAGAAGAUUUCCAGAAUGGUGGCAGGGAACCCCAAGCAUUAUUACCAAACAGAGUGACUCAGAGAUGAAGAAGGGAGAUGAAAUUAAGAUAAAUUUUUCUGUUAAAUAGAAUGACACUUGGGUAAAUUGUGAUGGAUUUGUAAGAUCUUUACACAUUUCUGUAAAUAAAUAAAUAA